AUGUCGAAUACUGUUACGGAGAAUCAAUUGUCUAACAAUCAAAAUGCACCAUUACACGAAAGUUCAAAACAACAACCAAGUUCCAAUGAUGUUUUAACAGCAAGACAAUUACAAAGUGCAUUUCAACCAUCAGCAAAUGUGGAACAAGUAACAGAUCAAUUUGAUGCAUUAAAUGUAACACCAAAAGUAACUAUGCGAUCUGAUGCUCCGGAAUUUACGCCAGCAUCGGACGUAACAAAAGCAACAACAACAACCGAUAAUGCAGAGAAAAAAAUCAAAACAGAAUUUAUUUAUGAUUUAAAAAAAUUUAAACAUGAUUAUUUCGUAUCGGAUCUUUCAUGUAGUUUUGAUCGUGAAAAUGCAAAAUUCGGUGCACCGACUGGUAUAUGUGCUUUACCGGAUGAUCGUUUAUUAGUGGCAAAUUUCGAUCGCGACUCUGUUUUACUCGUGGAUAUUAAAGGCGUUGUUCAUCACAUUUUUAAAGAUUUACCAACGCCAAAAGCUGUUAUUUUUAAUGCAGCGGCAUCACCAACACAAGCUGUUGUGGCAACAAGAAAAGAAGCAGUUAUUUUGGAUUUAAAUACAAAUAAAGUUGUUACAAGAAGUAAAAUGCGCGGAUUUUAUCCAUGGAAUAUUCAAUAUGUAGAAGAACGACAGGUUUAUGCAGCAUGUGAUCCGUCCGGUGAACGUAUUGUUUUUCUUGAUAAUAAUCUUGCUGAAAUAGGUGUAUGGUCCUUUCAUGAUUCAACUCAAGAUCAUUUACUUCAAAGUCAACCUCAACUUUAUCAAAAAGUUUAUCCAUAUGCUGCGUACUUUUUACCAAAUGAUACAUCUUUUGUUUUAACUCAUCGUCAAGAUAAAUGUCAUCUUGAUGAAUAUGAUAAUACAAGUGCGGCAGUAAAAUCAACAUAUAAUAUUCCAUCAUUACAAUCUUAUUCAAUUUAUGUUGAUGACGCUAAAAAAUGUUUAAUACCUGAUAAAUUAAAUCAUCGUUUGGUUUCAAUUGACAAAGAUUCAAAAUUUGAAGAAUAUAGAUGUAAAUCAAUUCAAGAACCAUAUUCAUUGACAUUUUUAUCGACUGGUACAUUAUGUGUCACUGAUUGGAAUAAAUCACAUGGAACCAGUGGUGGAAUUUCAGUUAUUAGUGAAGUUAAUCUGAAAGAAAAACAGUAA